UCGUUUGAUGCCUUCCGGAUUUUAAAACCAAGAUGGCGGCGUGUAUACGCUGUGCAUGUGCUUUAGCAAAGAUAAAUCUUCUCAGUGUCGGCAAAACGUCUGUUUCGAAAAUUUCAGUUGCGAACUAUGCCAAGAAAAUGGCAGGCAAGGGUGGUGCCAAAAUGGGAGCUCAACGAGUGGCCAAAGUGUUGCUGGAGGUAGAGACAGAUGCUGCUAAAUUGACCAAUUACUGUUGUGGUGCUAACAUUGAUGUUCAUGGGAAGGACCCGGAGCUAAAGGCAGACAGUGAAUACCCUGAUUGGCUGUGGUCCUUGAGAACUGAAAGGUCACCUCCAAAACUGUCAGAAUAUGAAGAAGAUUCAUUGGAAAUGUGGAGGCGGAAAAAGAAACUUGCACUGAGAAGGAAAAAUCAUCUGCGAAGUAUUGAGGAUAUCAAAUCUUAGUUUUGCAGUGAAAUUCUGAUGCCUGUGAUUGUGAAUAGCUUUCAAGAAGUAGAUUUUCAGUUCCUUUAUAUAUGACUGACUUUUGUUUUAUUUGUAAUGAUUACCCUCAGAACUGAUAAAUGUAUUCAGAGAAUAAAUUAUUGGAUAUUGUC